GUGUUUAAAUAAAGCUUCCGCUGUUUGAAUCCGCGGACUUCCGCGUUUGAUCGAACACUUUCAGACUGUUUACUGUCUCGAGUCCGGAUAAACUUGAGUUUUCCUGCGGAUCUGCGCUUCUCUGCUGAUUCCAGCGUGUUUUCGGAGAGGACUUUAUCCCAGCGGAAUAUGAGCAGAGAUGCCGUCGGUGUCCAGCGCAGUGAAGGAUCUGUAUCUGUCCUCUUCACUCAGCGAUCUGAACAAGAAAGCAGAAAUCAAACCGGAUAAAACCAGCACCAGACACUACGUCCAGAGCGCCUGCAAGAUCUUCAAGGCGGCGGAGGAGUGUCGUCUGGACCGCGAUGAGGAGAAAGCUUAUGUCCUGUACAUGAAGUACCUGACGGUCUAUGACCUCAUCAAGAAGAGACCGGACUUCAAGCAGCAGCAGGAGUUCUUCCUGUCUGUGCUCGGACCAACCAGCUUUAAAAAGGCCAUCGAGGAGGCAGAGAAGCUUUCAGAGAGUUUGAAGCUCCGGUAUGAGGAGGUAGAAGUGCGGAAAAAGCUGGAAGAGAAAGAGAGAAAGGAGGAAAAGAGUCGACGAGAAGACAGAAGUGAAAAAGAUGGCCGUGCUUCACCUCGAGGAGCCUCACAGAAGAAGGACAGUAAGAAGCAGGUUAAAGAGGAGCCCAGUAACAGUAAGACCGGAGCUGAUAAAGGAAGCAUCAGCGCCAAGGAUCUGUUCCAGCUGAUGAAGGACCCCAGUAUAAGUGUGCUGGUGAUGGACGCGCGGAGCAGACAGGACUUCCAGGAGUCUCAGAUCUGUGUCCCGUCUCAGACCUGCAUCAGUGUUCCUGAGGAGGCCAUCAGUCCGGGGGGGACGGUGAAUCAGAUCGAGCUGAAGCUCCCUGCGGCGUCUCUGGAGGACUGGAAGCGCCGAGGCUUCGUGGAUUACGUGGUUCUGCUGGACUGGUUCAGCUGCGUCUCGGACCUCAGACUGGGCUCCACUCUACAGAGUCUGAAGGAUGCUCUCUAUAAGUGGGACAGCAGUACGAUCCUGCGCAGUGAGCCUCUGGUGCUGGAUGGAGGAUAUGAUAACUGGCUGCUCUUUUACCCAAUGUACACCAGCAACGCUAAAGUCAAACCCCCCCGACAGCAGACAGCCAGCACACUGCCCCCGCUGAACUUCUCGUACCCGUCUCUGGAGGAGCCCGAACCCGUGAGUGUGUGUGAGGAGCCCGCAGACGUGCAGCUGAACGGCAGAACCGUGGACCCCGAGCCGCCCGCAGAGCCGCCCGCAUACACACCUGCACAACAACCCGUGAAGACAGACGCCGCAGCGCCCCAACACACUCCACAGGUCGACCGCUCCAAGAAACCCGCCGUGAAACCAGCAGCGACCGCAAAGCUCAGUGAGGAGCCCUCGGUGAGCGACGGCCCCGCGGCACACAACGGCCCCAUGGUGCCCGACCGCUCCGUUAAACCCCCGCUGGACCCGUCCAGAACUCUGAGCGAAGAGGAGCGCAGGGAGAUCCACGCCGAGACCCUCAGUCUGAUGGAGAAAGCCCGCAAAGAGCAGGAGCAGCGCAAACGAGCCCUGGAGGAGAGAGAGACGGCCGAGAGACAUCAGCGAGAACAGAGCGAGAGGAAGAAGGAGGAGAAGCUGGAGAGACAGACGGCAGAAGAGGAGGAUCAGGGAGACGAGAAGAACAGGAGAGCGCAGAAGGACGUGCCGCUGGACGCUGCCAUGAAGAGCAUGUCUCUGGAUUCACCUGCAGCCUUCAGCGCUAGGGAGUCUCUGACGCGAGCACACAGUGAGGAGAUGGGCCGAACGGUCCCUGGGCUGCCGGACGGCUGGAUGAAGUUUCUGGACACAGUGACCGGCACCUACAGAUAUUACCACUCUCCCACCAACCGCGUGCACCUGUACCCUCCGGAGGUCCACACGCCUCAGAUCCAGCCCAGCGCCGCUAAACCCAAGCCCCCGCCGGCCGCAGAGACGGAGAAAGAGAAGGAGCAGGAGCGCGAGAGAGAGAAGGAGCGAGAGAGAGAGCAGUACAAACUCAAACGAUCAUACUCCUCUCCAGACAUCAGCCAAGAGCUGAGCGCAGAGACCAGCCGAAAACCUGCAGCCGUGCCCACCAUCAACAGAGAGAACAGGCCGCUGACCACCGCUGCUGCGUACACUAAGGUGGAGAUCACUCGGCCGUCUGCGGCUAAGAUCCGGAACCUGAACCCGGUGUUUGGGGGUCAGGGGCCGUUACUGACAGGCCUCCGUAACCUCGGCAACACCUGCUACAUGAACUCCAUCCUCCAGUGCCUGUGUAACACUGUUGCCAUGGCAGACUAUUUCAACAGGAACAUCUAUCAGGACGACAUUAACCGGGCCAAUAUUCUGGGUCACAAGGGCGAGGUGGCCGAGGAGUUCAGCGUCAUCAUGAAGGCGCUGUGGUCAGGACAGUACAAAAUGAUCAGCCCGCAGGAUUUUAAAGGCACCAUCUGUAAAAUCAACAACCGCUUCUCCAGCUACGAGCACCAGGACUCUCAGGAGCUGCUGCUGUUCCUCAUGGACGGCCUGCACGAGGAUCUCAAUAAGGCGGAUAAACGGCGCGGGUAUAAGGAGGAGGACAUCGAUCAUCUGGACGACGUGAGCGCUGCAGAGCUGGCCUGGUCCAAACACAAGCUCCUGAACGAGUCCAUCAUCGUGGCUCUGUUCCAGGGUCAGUUCAAGUCCACGGUCCAGUGCAUGAGCUGCCAGCACAAGUCCCGCACCUUCGAGACCUUCAUGUACCUGACUCUGGAGAUGACAUCCAGCAGCAAGUGCUCCCUGCAGGACUGUCUGAAGCUGUUCUCUAAAGAGGAGCGUCUGACCGACAGCAACCGCUUCUACUGCAGCCACUGUAAGACGCACCGAGACGCCAUCAAGAAGAUGCAGAUCUGGAAAGUUCCGCCCAUUUUACUCGUACACUUGAAACGUUUAAAAUACGCCGGCCGCUGGAGGGAGAAGCUGCAGACGCUGGUGGAUUUCCGAAAUCUGGACCUGUCACAGUACGUCAUCGGACCCAAACACACCCUGAAGAAGUACAACCUGUACGCUGUGUCUAAUCAUUACGGAGGGCUGGACGGCGGUCACUACACUGCUUACUGUAAGAACCCUCUCAAGCAGCGCUGGUUCAAGUUUGACGAUCACGAGGUGUCCGACGUCUCCGCCUCCUCCGUGCGCUCAGCCGCCGCCUACAUCUUCUUCUACUCGUCUCUAUGAGGGUCAGCGACAGGUUGUCACCAUGGUGACCGAGUGAUUGACGCAUGUGUGACAUGCACCUGUGGGCGGAGCUAAAGCCCUUUGCGUGAGGACUGCUGAGGGAACAUCUCUAGCCCUCUCUCUCUCUCAGAGUCUCUCUCUCUCUCUCUCUCUCUCAGAGUCUCUCUCUCUCUCUCUCUCUCUCUCUCUCUCU